AUGGCCACCACAGCGUCAACCAAAGAGCUUACCAAGGCUCUCACGACUUAUCUCUCUGGUCCAUCUCCGGCGUUUCCUCUCCCAGACGAUAUCACUCAUGUGAUCGAGGCCUACCGGACGAAGCACGACAGGCAGGAUGAUGCGGCCGACGAACGGCUACAGGAGGAGCUCCUCCAGCUCUACCAAAAGCUCGUCCACGGACAAGCUUCACGGAUCGCACCAUUCAUAGCCAUCCUAAGAUCCAUACGCCCGAAGUUAUGGACUUCGCCUCGCGCCGCCCACUGGUUUGAUGUGCUUGUCGAUGACGUUCUCGAUCACAUAUGGCAGAACAAGGCUCUUACGAGAGAGGUUUACGCCAACUAUGAGAGCGUCAUGAAGUCUAGCGGAGAAGACCGCGACGGCACAGCAAAUAUCAUGGGGCGCUGCCUUGAGCGCUGGAUGCAAUAUUCGCAUGUAUUGUGGCAGAGCGCGGACCCUGCAACCAGGUUCAAGGAGAACAGGAUACGAGACAUGAUGCUAGGUUGGGGAAAGAAAUCGCCAAAGCUCUUCAUGGAAAUUGUCGAACCAUUUUUCACCAAGGCGGAGUUCCGAACACGGGCAAGUACCAUACUUUGCGAGUUUAUACAAAGUCAACCACCACACCUGCACCUAGCAGCCGAGGCCUCGCUGCUCAAGAAGAUGUUUACUUCUUUGCAAAGGGACAAAUCAACAACAGCCAUCAGCCUGACCUUGACAGCUCUUACCAUGCUACUCCCGAACUUCCCCAGCUCUCUCGUUCCACACUUGCCAACUCUGUUCAACAUAUACGCGAGAUUGCUCUUUUGGGAUAGGGAACGAUCCCAUGAUGCUGCCGAGCCACAGCCCAACUUUGAGUCGGAAGAAGACGACGAGGCGUGGGAAGUCCUGCCAUUCUCGCCAGAGAUGGAGGGUACUGAUAUUCCUCAGCUCCUGAACUACUUUACGAUUCUCUACGGGCUUUAUCCCAUCAACUUUACCGAAUACAUCCGAAAGCCACAGCGAUGGCUUCGACAUGUCAAUGCAACUAACCCAAAUGACAUCGACGUUCAACCAUCUGAGAUGAGAUAUCGGUCCGAGAGGUUCAGGCAGGUCCAUCUCUUGCAUCCUAAUUUCUACACUUUGACCGUCGAGACAGAGAAAACGGACUUUGGUCGGUGGUUGAAAAGUGAACCGGCUGUGGUAGUAGCCGAGUGUAUGGCACUUUGUGUCUCGAGCACAGCAGAGAUGGAUCACAAUGCACCCGUGCCACUUGGGGGAGCUUCGAGCAACCUCCAUGAUGAUGCGGAGAAGGGUGGCUAUGGACUCGCCCAGUUGAGCGCUUCUGGAGUACUCUCACCAACCCAGGGCUCACACAGCGCUUCGUGGCGGCAAAACAACUCGACCUCCAUGGACUCGCCUGCCGGAGACCGAGCGCACUCUUCAGUCAGGCAGAGCUCGCAGUCAAGCCAUCCUUCAUUUCGAGAGUCGUUCGACAACAGGGCGAGUGUUGACAGUCCGACAUUGCCACCAUUGCUGUUAUCAUCACCGUCGCAGUCCCAUCUCCAAGACUUGAUACGGUCAAACAAGAUCAAAUCAAGCAUAGGCCAGUCUCUUGCCAAUGACAGUGUGCCUUCCCUAUCACUUAGCCAUCAGGAAUCCAUCUCAGAGCGGCCAAUGGUCUCGGCGCUUGCCUCGCAACAUUCUCUUCGCUCUCCUCUGCCCGCUGGUGGCAACGAGGUAGCUAUUCUUCAGCGCCAGAUAAUGGUACUGAGGAACGAUCUUCAUUUCGAACGUUAUAUGAAGCACCAGCACAUGGCACACAUAGGCGAGCUGCGAAGGAUGCAUAUGAAAGAAGCGGCAACCGAGGCGGAAACCCAAAACCUCAUCAUGAACAAUCGCAAUCUGAAGCACCGUCUGGAUGAGGCAAAACGUGUCGAGUUGCAAGUCAAGAAGGACUCGGAGAAAAGCCGAGUUCUCGCACACAAGUGGGAAGCCGAAUUAUCAACCAAGCUCAGAAAUCUGAAGACCGAUAUGAAGGCCAAACUCUCGGAAAUUGAGUCACUUCAGCGCGAAUUGAACUCGGCAAAAGAGGAGUGUGAAAAGCUGAGAGCUAUGGUGGGCGAGGCUGAGGUCAAGGAACUGAACGCAGCCCAGGCAAUGCAGUCGCUUGAGAUCAACAUGGCAGAGAUGACCAGGCUUCGCGCUGAACUCGAUCGUUUGUUGGCGUCCGAGAGAGAUUACCAAGCAAAACAGAUGGAGACGGAGGCAAGGCUGAAUGCUGCGGCAGAGGCAGAGCACAGGGCCGGCAUUCUGGAAAUGAAGGUGACGUCGCUAGAUAACGAACUGCAGGUCACCAGGGAUCAGUUCCAGUCUCAGAUUGUGGUCCUCAACGCCAAGCUAGCCGAGGCGCUGAAGAGAAGCGGAGGCAAAGGCAGCGAAGAGUUGAAGGCAAUGUUUGAGGGCGCAAUUGCAGCCAGUCGGGCAAAGCAGGUCGAGGUACAGAAGCAGUACAACGAAUUGCUCCGACGGCACACGAAACUGCAAUCGCAACUUCUAGAGAAGACAUUGAGCGAGAGAGUGCAUAAAAGGCAAGAAUUCUCUGGAUCUGCCGAGGCAGACGCCCAAGUAUCAGCCAUAGUCGGGCCUUCGUUAAGCCAGCGCGCACGAACGCAGAAGGCGAGUCCGGACCCGGAUUCAAACGAUCUCAGCCGGUUGGGGAGUUUUGGGUCGGGGACAUCUACAGGCACCAUCGUGCACCGACCUGACACUCCGUCCAAGGCUGAGGUGGGAGCAAGCAGCACCAGCCCUCAAGCCGAACGAAUUUACCCAAGAGGCGGUGUUCAAAAUACGAUUCGGAAAGAAAGGAAGGAUAAAAAGAAGGACGACCAGGACAAAAAGGAUAAGAAACCCAGCGGUAUCAGGAGCAUCCGCGGUUUUGGAUAA